AUGGCCGACCCAGCCACCACCCCUCCCCUAACCCGCGCCUCCGUCCUCGCCGCUCACUCCCUCAUAAAGCCUUACAUCCACGAGACGCCCGUUCUGACGAACACAACUCUCGACCAACUCGCUUCCACCCCUCGCACGCCCGAGGAGCUGAAAGGAACGGAGUGGGAGGGGGUUGAAAAGCCAGCGAACCCAAAGAUCCGGUUCUGGUUCAAGUGCGAGAAUUUCCAGCGGAUUGGAGCGUUCAAGGCCAGGGGAGCGUUUCAUGCUGUUGAGAGAUUGAAAAAGGAGGAGGGGUUGGAGGGGUUGAGGAGGACGGGGGUGGUAACGCAUAGUUCUGGCAACCACGCCCAAGCCCUCUCCCUUGCGGCCCGCGAGAACGGCAUCCCGGCAUACAUCGUCAUGCCUAACAUCUCUCCGCCGCCCAAGAUCGCUGCCACCAGAGGUUAUGGUGCCAACAUAACCUUUAGCGGGAGCACGAGUACCGAGCGCGAGGCGGUUACCAAGGAGGUUAUCGAGAAGACGGGCGCGAGAUUUGUGCCUCCUUAUGAUCACCCAGACAUCAUCCUAGGCCAAGGUACCGCCGCUCUCGAACUCCAAUCCCAAGUCGCCGCUUCCCUAUCCACCUCCGGCAACGCCACCAACCGCCGCCUAAACGCCGUCAUAACUCCCUGCGGCGGCGGCGGUCUCCUCUCCGGCACGGCUCUCGCCUGUUCCGACCCCUCCGCCCAGGGUGGUCCAAUCCUCGUCUUCGGCGCCGAACCCUCCUUCUCCGGUGCCGACGACGGGCGCAGGGGGUACUACUCGGGCACUCGCGUCGAGAGUGUGAAAUCGUUGACGAUUGCCGAUGGUUUGCGGACUCCAGUGGGGACGCACCCGUGGAGUAUCAUCUAUGAGCGCAAGUUGGUGGCGGGAAUGUACAGCGUGGGCGAGGAGGAGAUUAAGAAGGCGCUGAGGCUGGUGUAUCAGCGGAUGAAGGUUGUUGUUGAGCCGAGCGCUGUGGUGGGCUUGGCGGUCGCUUUGUAUAAUGAGGAGUUUAGGAGUAUGGUGGAACGGGAGGCGGGAGAGGAAGGGUGGGAUUUAGGCGUGAUGUUUAGCGGGGGAAAUGUUGAGCUGGCGGCUUUGGGGACGUUGUUUGGUGAGGUUGUUUGGUGA